UGGACGCCUGCUGGGUUCCAAAAGGUUCAGAUAGGCCCAGAUACCCGUUUCUGGAAACAAUAUGAUCAGCCUGCUUGUUCGUCGUGGUGACUUGCCAUUCCUGGGCUAGUACAUGCCAUGUCUCUGGCUCACCUUGACAGGGCAGCACGGCAACCAGCCGCCAUGGCCAAUGACGUAGAGCGGCCCCGCCGGGCGCGUGGCGGGAUCGUGGAGUCGAGUGCGCGCACCGGUGUGAACCCGGCGGCCGCGAUAGCGUCGACGCCCGUCGAGCGCCCGCCGUUAUCCGCAGUUGGGGUCCCCUGUUUCGUUGGCUCCGUACAGGACGGUGUUGUACGAGAGCAAGUACAUACGGACACACAGGGUUAUUUCUCCACCUUGGAUGUGUGCCUCGCCAUGUGUCAUCUGCCGAGUAUUGUAGUACAGUUGAUUCUUGGAACUGUCGUGGUUGGGCGGCAAGUCCGUUUCAGCGGUGGCCGUCUGUAUCUCUUCAUGCCUUGGUUGCAGCGGCAAGCCAGCCCAGCGAGGCAUAGUGCGGCGUGGGUUGCAAUAUGCACUGUAUCCGCUGAUGGGUCGCCAUCCCCAACAUGA